CUCGCUGCAGGCGGAGGUUUCUGGGUUUCUUCGCUAAACGCACUUCCUUUUUGUCCGACAUCUUAGCGAAGCGAGGUGGUAGGAGUUCCUCUCUCGGCUUCGUUAUGCCGCCCAAGGAUGACAAGAAGAAGAAAGAUGCCGGAAAGUCGGCCAAGAAAGACAAAGACCCAGUGAACAAAUCUGGGGGCAAGGCCAAAAAGAAGAAGUGGUCCAAAGGCAAAGUUCGGGACAAGCUCAAUAACCUAGUUUUGUUUGACAAAGCAACAUAUGACAAACUCUGUAAAGAAGUUCCCAACUAUAAGCUUAUAACUCCAGCUGUCGUCUCUGAGAGACUGAAGAUUCGUGGCUCCUUGGCCAGGGCAGCCCUGCAGGAGCUGCUUAGUAAAGGACUUAUUAAACUGGUUUCAAAGCACAGAGCUCAAGUAAUUUACACCAGAAAUACCAAGGGUGGAGAUGCUCCAGCUGCUGGUGAAGAUGCAUGAACAGGUCCCACCAGCUGUAUAUUUUGAAAAAUAAAACUUUAUUAAAUCAAAUAA